UUGAUAGCUAACGAUGUGGAUAAGAAACGGUGUUAUAUGUUAAUACAUCAAACACUGAAACGAUUCCAUACUGCAAGUUGCGCAGUGAUCUGUGAGGAUGCUGCGAGAAUGCCGGUUCUGAAGGGAAAGGACGGCGAGCCUCUGAAAUUUGACCGCGUACUUUGCGAUGUGAUUUGCAGUGGAGAUGGUACUCUCAGAAAGAACCCAGAAAUUUGGUCGAAGUGGACACCACAGGAUGCUUUGGGAUUACACCGCAUGCAGCUUUCUAUAGCACAGAAGGGAGCAAUGCUUUUGAAAGUUGGUGGUCGGAUGGUGUAUUCAACAUGUUCCAUGAAUCCUAUAGAGGAUGAGGCGGUCGUUGCCCAGUUGAUUAGGACAUCUGGUGGCGCUCUACGAAUAUGUGACGCACAUCAAAUGCUUCCCAAAUUGAAGGGACUCCGUGGAAUCUCAUCCUGGAAAGUAAGUGCUCCUGUAUAUACUCUUGUAGCAAAUUAUGCUUCAAACCUAGGUCUUUGA